GGAGGCGGCGGCGGUUGGAGGCUUCGCCGGCUUUGCAGCGCGGACCGCGGCGGCGCCUCCGGCACCGGGCCCUGACACGAUGCGGCGAGUGGUCCGGCAGAGCAAGUUCCGGCACGUGUUCGGGCAGGCGGUGAAGAACGACCAGUGCUACGACGACAUCCGCGUUUCCCGCGUGACCUGGGACAGCUCCUUUUGCGCCGUCAACCCCAGAUUCGUUGCCAUAAUCGUAGAAGCGAGCGGGGGAGGCGCCUUCCUUGUGCUUCCUCUGCACAAGACCGGUCGGAUCGACAAAUCCUACCCGACAGUAUGUGGCCACACAGGACCCGUCCUCGACAUCGACUGGUGCCCGCACAACGACCAGGUCAUCGCCAGCGGCUCAGAAGACUGCACGGUCAUGGUGUGGCAGAUCCCAGAGAAUGGGCUCACCCUCUCCCUGACGGAACCGGUGGUGGUCUUAGAAGGCCACUCGAAGAGGGUUGGCAUCGUGGCCUGGCACCCGACUGCCCGCAACGUGCUUCUCAGCGCAGGCUGUGACAACGCCAUCAUCAUCUGGAACGUGGGCACGGGGGAGGCCCUGAUCAACCUGGACGACAUGCACUCCGACAUGAUCUACAACGUCAGCUGGAACCGGAAUGGCAGCCUCAUCUGCACGGCCUCCAAGGACAAGAAAGUGAGGGUGAUCGACCCCAGGAAGCAGGAGAUCGUGGCGGAGAAGGAGAAGGCGCACGAAGGAGCGAGACCCAUGCGGGCCAUCUUCCUGGCCGACGGCAACGUCUUCACCACCGGGUUCAGCCGCAUGAGUGAGCGGCAGCUGGCUCUCUGGAACCCGAAAAACAUGCAGGAGCCAAUUGCCCUCCACGAGAUGGACACGAGCAACGGGGUGCUGCUGCCCUUCUACGACCCCGACACCAGCAUCAUCUACUUAUGUGGAAAGGGCGACAGCAGCAUCCGCUACUUCGAGAUCACGGACGAGUCCCCCUACGUCCACUACCUCAACACGUUCAGCAGCAAGGAGCCGCAGCGAGGCAUGGGCUGCAUGUCCAAGAGGGGGCUGGACGUGAACAAAUGCGAGAUCGCCAGAUUCUUCAAACUGCACGAGAGGAAGUGCGAGCCCAUCAUCAUGACCGUCCCCAGGAAGUCCGACCUCUUCCAAGACGACCUGUACCCGGACACCGCGGGGCCGGAAGCCGCGCUGGAGGCGGAGGAGUGGUUCGAGGGCCAGAACGCAGACCCCAUCCUCAUCUCCUUGAAGCAUGGCUACAUCCCUGGCAAAAACAGGGACCUCAAGGUGGUGAAGAAGAACAUCCUGGAUAGCAAGCCCUCGGCAAACAAGAAGUGUGACCUGAUCAGCGCCCCCAAGAAAACCGCAGACACGAGCAGUGUGCAAAGCGAAGCCAAGCUGGACGAGAUUUUAAAGGAGAUCAAGUCGAUCAAAGACACGAUCUGCAGUCAGGACGAGCGGAUCUCCAAGCUAGAGCAGCAGAUGGCCAAGAUCGCAGCCUGAGGCGCCGGCCUCGCCCCACCCCACAUGGGAGCAAGAACUCGUGCCGGUCGCUCGGAGGGGACGUCCACCUCGGCCGUCAGCCAGCCACAGGCCACGUUCCAGCGGAACUCGAUUCGUCUCUCAAAUUUGCGGAAACAAAAUGUGAUUUCAAAGCUGAGCUUUUUAUCGGAAAGCUUUUUUUUUCUUUUCCUCCUGAUGUUUUAAGUGUUAAUGUGACUCCUGAACUCUUGACAAAAGUGCGUUGAAAAUCCCAUUCCAUUCUGAAUUUUAGGAAACCAACCCAUUCUGAUUCGGUGUCAUGCCCAAGUUUUUUAUUUUAACAAAUAGGGACCAAGGCCACGUUGCUUUUUAUAUUUUCUUUUUCUUUUCCCCCUCUUCACGUUGCCAAAACCAAAAGUAGCUUUUAUUUUUUUUCUUUGCUUUUGCUACUUCGCAGUAUUCGUGUGUGGGUUUUUUUCCUUCUCUCGAUUUUUGAAAGGGACAACACUGUGUAUGUUUAUAAACUCAAUGCAGAUAAGAGAUUCUUUUGUACGAACACUCGUCCGAGGACUGUCUGAGCGGUGGCUGCCCUGGGCAGCCGGGGACGGGGGCCCCUGCGGGUUCCUCGCGCCUCCCCUCCCGUGUCAGGGGGUCGGCUCCCUCCCCCGAGCUCGGAGCUGCGUUCCUUUCCUUGCUCGCUCUCUCCGCCGGAAGCCGGGUGGUCCUGCCAGAGCGGAACGUGGCCUCUUGCCUAGCCUGUGCCCCGGCCGGUCCCGGUCUGCCUUGAGCUCACCGGAAUCUCCACCGUUUGUCCCCCCACCCCCACCCCCGCCACGCAGACCCCCGCACACUCAUCACUUGAAACAGCACAUUUCCGGGUUGGGUCGACACUUGACUAGGGUGCCCGGGACGAGGGCUCGUCUCGCCCGUUUGUCAGCAGCUUGUCUCGCUCUUGGGUGCAAAGCCGGGGGGCUUGGAGGGGAGCAGCCCCGCCCCUCUCCCUCCCCUCCCGCCCCCCAGCCCCACCCCGAGGCCCUCCACCAGCAGUGCCCCCGCCCGCCCUUCCUCCUGCCUCCAGCCGAGACGGGAAGGAGCAUUCCCAGGGGCGCAGAGCUCGGCCUGGGCCCCGCCCACCCCACCCUGCGGCUUGCCCCAGGGGCCGUAGCAAAGCACAGACACCCCCCAGACCGGGGGUCCAGAGACGGCUCUGCUCCCCCCUCCCAGCCUCCACUAGCUCUGAUUUCUCCGUUCCCACGUUCUCAUCUUGCAUGCUUGACGGACACGAUGUAAAGGUGUUUGUGUUUUGGAAGGGACGCCAGUCAGUGGCCGAACACUGAACAAAACAGUGCCAUGGGGACCAGGCGGGAACCCGUCACACAGUCCGGUCAGGGUCAGGGUCGGGCCGUGUCCCGGGGACCAGGAUGCAGUGGCACGUGGCAAACUCAGGUCGGAGCGCGGCCGGGCUGGGGGAGGGGGCGGGGUGGGACGGCCACCUAGGAAAGGUACCGUGUUCUUGACCGAUAACGGGAUCACUGCCUCCCGUGUCAGGGCAUCUGAAUGUGUGAUGUGGUUUAGUGUGUGUGUACGUGUGUGUUUUUUAUAUUGAAGUGGAUAAUGAGAUGUAAAGAAAACAAUGAUUACCGUGGCGACCGCGCCUAUACGAGUCUAUCAGUGUGAUCUAAUCAAGGACCUGCUUCGUUUUUAAGGUUCUGAGGUUCUGAUGACAAAUUUUUUUUCCUUCUUUUUAAGUGUUGGUGGUGAAACACCGGAGGGACUUGGUUCAAAGAGAAGAGGGCGGGGUGGGGGCGAGGGAGACGGUGCCGCGGUCUUAGCGUGUAGCCUCGGAUAAUUUAAUGACGGAUGCCCGGCCAGGCUGUCUGGUGCCUGAAGCAUUGUGGAUUACUUCUCCUGUUUUGUCUCUUCUUCCCCCCAAAAGCCGUGCUGUCCCAGAGGAGAGCCUGUGAAUCACUCUAGAUCGGCUCUUAUAGAGCGGCCUCGUAUUCUGGCGAAAACAAAAAACUCUUGCUUCCAUUUUCAGAGAUUAAAGAGAAAUCAUUGA